CGGCUCGAUGGAGGGGCGGCCCGCGGCGAGGCGCUGUGCGCGGCUGUACCCGGCAGCGAGUGCCCCGUAACCCCCGCGGCUCGGCUCGGUCUCCUCGUGCUUUGGGCAGAAAACAUGGAGCAGCCCACAUGAAGAAUCCUUUGGAGUUUCUAUUCCUCCAAGAUGUUCUUUGAAGGACCAAACCCAGUUUUGCAGGCCCCUGGGAGAUGAAGCAUUGACCACACGACAUUUUUAUUUCAACGAGUGCUUUCUCAGCCUCGCUUGUGAAGGACAGAGAAUAUUUUGGAAAUAUUUAGGAAAUAUUUGUUUCUCCACCUCGCCAUGACGAGCGCCCUGACCCCGGAGGCCCCGAGCCCUCCCCAGCUGGAGGAGAAGCCAAAAGGAAAAUCCCUGUUCCAGCUGGGCUCCCUCUUUGCUAACAGGAGUGAGAAAUUUGUGAUUGCUCGCAGUGACAGCCUGCCAGAGGAGAAUGUGCUGAAAAUCACAAUCACAGAGACCACGGUCAUCGAGUCCGACCUGGGCAUCUGGAGCUCCCACGCCCUCAUCUACCUCACUCUGUGGUUUUUCUUCAGCUUCUGCACUCUGUUCCUGAACAAAUACAUCCUGUCCUUGCUGGAGGGAGAGCCCAGCAUGCUUGGUGCUGUUCAGAUGCUUUCCACCACCUUCAUUGGCUGCAUCAAGAUGUUUGUCCCCUGCUGUCUGUACCAGCACAAGACCAGAAUCUCCUACCCCCCAAAUUUCAUCAUGAUCAUGCUCUUUGUUGGAUUAAUGAGAUUUGCAACAGUGGUGCUGGGGCUGGUGAGCCUGAAGAAUGUGGCAGUGUCAUUUGCAGAGACUGUGAAAAGCUCAGCUCCCAUUUUCACUGUCAUCAUGUCCCGCAUGAUUCUGGGGGAAUACACUGGGUUGCUGGUGAAUCUGUCCCUGAUCCCUGUGAUGGGGGGCCUGGCUCUGUGCACAGCCACCGAAAUCAGCUUCAACAUCCUGGGCUUCUCUGCAGCCCUGUCCACCAACAUCAUGGACUGUUUGCAAAACGUCUUUUCCAAAAAACUGCUCAGUGGAGAUAAAUACAGAUUUUCAGCCCCAGAGCUUCAGUUCUACACAAGUGCUGCUGCUGUGGUUAUGCUCAUUCCAGCUUGGAUCUUUUUCAUGGAUGUGCCUGUGAUUGGGAAAAGUGGGAGAAGCUUCAGCUACAACCAGGACAUUGUAAUUCUGCUCCUGAUUGAUGGAGUCCUGUUCCACCUGCAGAGUGUCACAGCCUAUGCCCUGAUGGGCAAAAUCUCCCCUGUCACUUUCAGCGUUGCCAGCACUGUCAAGCACGCGCUGUCCAUCUGGCUCAGCAUCAUUGUCUUUGGGAACAAGAUCACCAGCCUGUCAGCCGUGGGCACCGUCCUGGUCACCGUGGGCGUCCUGCUCUACAACAAGGCCAAGCAGCACCAGCAGGAGACCCUGCAGAGCCUGGCCAUGGCCCCACAGCCCUCAGGGCCUGCCGAGGACACCGAGCCCCUCGUCCCCAAGGAGCUGGAACCCUACGAUUAAUGGGUUAAUCAUAAACAGCUGAGUGUGGCUCCAUGGAGAUCCUCCUGGGUGGGGCUGUUCCUCUGGUUCCUCUGAGUUCCUCAAAUCCUCCUGGUUGUGGCUGUUCCUCAAGUUCCUCUGAGUUCCUGAAAUCCUCCUGGAUGUGGCUGUUCCUCUGGUUCUUUGAGUUCCUGAAAUCCUCCUGGAUGUGGCUGUUCGUGAAAUCCUCCGGAUGUGGAUGUUCCUUUGAGUUCCUGAAAUCCUCCUGGAUGGGGUUGUUCCUUAGGUUCAUCUGAGUUCCUCAAAUCCUCCUCUCCGAGUUCUUCAAAUCCUCUUGGAUGUGGCUGUUCCUCAAGUUUCUCUGAGUUCCUCAAAUCCUUCUGGAUGGGGUUGUUCUGAGUUCCUCAGAUCGCCCUCUCUUGAGUUCCUCAAAUCCUCCUGGAUGUGGCUGUUCCUCAGGUUCCUCUGAGUUCCUGAAACCCUCCUGGAUGUGGCUGUUCUCUGGUUCUUUGAGUUCCUGAAAUCUCCUGGAUGUGGUUGUUCCUCUGAGUUCCUGAAUUCCUCCUGGUUGUGGUUGUUCCUCUGAGUUCCUGAAUUCCUCCUGGUUGUGGUUGUUCCUCUGAUUCCUCUGAGUUCCUGGCUGGUCUCACCCAGGAUUUGAAGCAAGAAGGAGCUGGGAAGGAUCCAGAAAAACCUUGGGAACCUGAUGCCCCAAAGAGAGGACCUGGAACGUGGCAAACUUGGCCUUUGUUGUCUCUCCUUGACUCCAAAUUGUUGUGUCUCACACCAAAUCACACCCAGGCCUGUGCUGUGGAAGAACUUUGGUGUCCUGUGGGAAAACAAUUAAAACAAUUGCUUUAAUUGUCCUUCCCCAUCCAAACAAUGUGAAAAUGGGGCCCCACCACUGAGUUCUGCUGGCAGAGGGAUGCAGUUGGUGCCUCGUGGAAGUUUCUGGAUGUUCUCUGCAUUUCCUGAGCUGUGGUGCAGAGAUGGAAGAGUCCAAGGAGGGAAUUGUCCCACCCCGAGCCCUGAGGGCCCCCAAACCCUGCCAGAGCUCCAGGAGCAUCGUGACAGCACCAGAAGGGAUUUUGGGGUGGAUUUUGAUUUUUCUGCAGGGCAGGAGUUGGACUGGAUGGUCCUUGUGGGUCCCCUCCCACUCAGGGGCUUCCAUAAUUCCAAAAGGGUUUGGAAAUCCCACCCUUUUCUCCCAAAAAUAAACCAACUUUAUUGAGGCAAACUGUGGGAAACGAGCUGUGGUGAGCUCCUGUUGCAGGCUACAAAUCCAGGAUCUGUAGUGGAUUAAAAUAUAAAAAUGUAAUAUGGAAAUAUUGCAUUCUGUUCAUUUAUUGACAAAAUGGAAAUGCAAAUAUUCACACACAUACCCGGUGUAAAUUGGGAUUCCCACCCUUUUCUCUCCCAAAAAUAAACAACUUUAGUGAAGCAAAGUGUGGGAAGUGAGCUGUGGUGAGCUCCAGCUGCUGCCUACAAAUCCAGGAUUUGUAGUGGUUUAAAAUAUAAAAAUUUAAUGUGGAAAUGUUGCAUUAUUGACAAAACUGAAAUGCAAAUAUUCACACACAUAGCCUGUGUAAAUGGAGUGUUGAAUUCAAUAUUUGUAGUUGCUUAGAGGUUAAAAACCACUGAAAAUUGUGGUGGCAAAUCUCUGUAUUUCUGUAAAAAAACAAUUUUGUUGUUUUAAUUUCAUUUUGUUAUGCAUGAGGAAAGAAACUGAUUUUUUAAAAUAUUAUUUCUAAGAGUGCAACAAAAGGCUGCCUUUUAGAAACUCAGGGUUAUGAGUCUGACCUGUGUGUAAAAUAUCUAAUUUCUGAUUAUAUAAAGAAAUCUCAGAGGCAUCUGUGACAGAUGGGAGGAAUAUUAACCAUAAACUGAGGCAAAUCUUGAUUUCUGCUGCUUUUAAGUUUCCUUUUUUUUAAAAGGAAAUUUGUUUUCUGUGGUAGAUCAAAGAUUAAAAGUUCAUUUUCCUUUUGAACAGUCAGUUUUGACAAAAAAAAAAAAAAAAAAGCACACAUGUAGCUACAAAAACAUUCACAUGGACUUUUUGGGAACAAAAAUUAAAUUAAAAUGAGUGGAUUUUAAUAAUUUCCACUAUUCUGGAAGGUUGGAGCAUGGAUGUAUAGUGGUAAAAAUAACGGUUAUCAGGAAAUUACAAUUGGAAUUCCUGUAAAAUCACAUUUCCACACCUCAGUGGAAUCUUGGGGCAGAUUCCCCAAAGAUCUGAGGGAGAAAAAUGCCAAUUUUUUCAUCCUUGUGUAUGUGAUAUGUCUGUGGUAUUUUGUUUUCUUUUGUACUCUUGUCACUUUUAUAAAAGCUGUGGACUGUGGAGCUCUGUGGUUUUUUUUUUUUUUAAUUUGUUUUCUGCCAAAUACACUGAGAUUUUUGAAACUAUAACUACAAAAAAUACCAAAA